GGUGGGAAGGAAGGGUGAGCUGGUCCGGGCCAUCUAUGCUGCAGGGACGUCUGCUGCGCAUGAACGUCCCUGUGUGUCGUCGUCAAGGCAACGUCACUAGUCCGGGGCCGGCCCGGAGCGAGCGGAGAAGAGGGCCUCCCGGUGAAGAUGGACAGCCCGGAACGACUAACCCUCCCCACCGGACAGUCCCUGUAGCAUAGAUGGCCCGGCCAAGCUCAUCCUUCCUUCCCACCGAGGGGAGAUCCUUAGAAUUAUGGACGCCACAAGUGACAGCAAGAAACUAGGAGCAGUGAAGCUAUCACGUGUAACUUUCCGAGCAACAAAUCGGGAUGGUGACCCUUCAGCUUUAAAAAAUCCUGCAGCUGCCCAGAGCUCCAGGGGGGCCUCAAAUGUGAAACCUUUGCCAAGUGAAGGAUCUUCGAAACCUACGGACACAAAAAAACCUACACAAUCCAUCAGCCUGUCAGGUCUCCUGGCAGCUCAACGGAUGACACUGCGACUAAAGAAUCAGGCAGCUUUACGGAGAAAGGCCAGAGCCCGCACGCCGAACCGCAAACCCAUCAACAUCAUCAAUGAACAGGUUCCUGCUGGUUCUGCAAAUCCCGCACAAAGGUUCCCAUAUUCCAUAGCAAAAGAACUCAUCCAGGAUUUUUUGACGGCAAAGCUAAGAAAUGUGACAUAUGACCCAAGUACAUCCGCCGACCUCACCAAGAAUCUGUGUGAAGACAUCAAGAAAAUUGUCCGCAGAGUCACCCCGGCUAGAUACAAGCUUAUCUGCAACACAGCCAUAGGGAGCAAGAACCAGGAGGACAUUCUGGUGACCAGUCAAUGUCUGUGGGACUCCUACUCCGAUAACAUCACCUCCUGUAGCUUUCAGAACUCUACCAUGUUUUGUGUUGUGACGGUGUACGCAGUUUAUUUUGAGUGAACACGUGACGGACUGUAUUUCAACAACAACUGUCUUUCCCAACAACAAGAUAUAUAUAUAUACUAGCUGAGUACCCGGCGUUGCCCGGUUUUUCCUUCCUAAUCCUUGUUGAGGAGGAAAAUCAACAGAGGAGGAAGCUUUUGUCCUCAUAUCCCAUCCUCAUAUAUUGUUGUCAUAUCCCAACCCCAUAUCCCGUCCUCCUAUCCCGUCCUCAUAUCUCAUCCUCAUAUCCUGACCUCAUAUCCCGUCCUCCUAUCCCGUCCUCAUAUCCUGACCUCAUAUCCCGUCCUCCUAUCCCAACCUCAUAUCUCAACCUCAUAUCCCAACCUCCUAUCCCGACCUCCUAUCUCAACCUUAUAUCCCGUCCUCAUAUCCCAACCUCCUAUCCCGUCCUGCUAUCUCAACCUCAUAUCCUGUCCUCAUAUCCCGACCUCAAAUCCUGUCCCCAUAUCCCGUCCUCAUAUCUCAUCCUCAUAUCCUGACCUCAUAUCCCGUCCUCCUAUCCCAACCUAUCAUCCCGUCCUCAUAUCCCAACCUCCUAUCCCGUCCUGCUAUCUCGACCUCAUAUCCUGUCCUCAUAUCCCGUCCUCCUAUCCCAACCUAUCAUCCCGUCCUCAUAUCCCAACCUCCUAUCCCGUCCUGCUAUCUCGACCUCAUAUCCUGUCCUCAUAUCCCGACCUCAUGUCCCAUCCUUAUAUCCCGUUAUCAUAUCACGACCUCAUAUCCCGUCCUCAUAUCUCGACCUCAUGUCCCGUCCUCCUAUCCCGUCCUCAUAGCCCGUCCUCAUAUCUCCACCUCAUAUCCCGUCCCCAUAUCUCAACCUCAUAUCCUGUCCUCCUAUCCCGUCCUCAUAGCCUGUCCCUAUAUCUCGACCUCAUAUCCCGUCCUCAUAUCCCAACCUCAUAUCCCAUCUUCAUAUCCAGUCCUCAGGUGGGACUGAUUUGUGAUGAAGCUAUACUAUAUUUUAAGUGGACAUAUAAGUAACAUGUGAAGUAUUAUCGAAAUAUCUCCAGCCGUUUGGAAGUUAUGCAGUAACAUGUAUUUCCCAUAGACUUGCAUGGGACUUUAAACAAAAACCCCGCCCCUGGCAAAUGGGGGUGGGUAAAGGUUAAAUUACCUAUCCUAUGUUUGUUGUUGACAUAUAAGUAACAUAUGUGCCAAGUUUCAUGUUAAUAUCUUUAGCCGUUUGGACGUGAUGCUGGAACAUAUACACACAUACAUACAUACACACAUACAUACAUAUACACACACACAUAUACACACACACAUACAUACAUAUACAUACA